UUUCACAUUUCUGUUCAUUACGCACAUGUUCACUGUCACUGAGGGGCCCGUUGAAAAUCUUUCAAUUGAUUGUCAAAUUUUUACCAGAUACACUGAAAUAUGUCAGAACAGAUGGAGACACAAGUCCCAGUACCAGUGAAUGGAGACGUUGGGCAGGGAGAUGGACACGCAGAUAAGAAGGUCAAAACAGAGGAUAUGACCUCAAAAGACUACUACUUUGAUUCUUAUGCACAUUUCGGCAUCCAUGAGGAAAUGUUAAAGGAUGAGGUUAGGACGUUGACGUAUCGUAACGCCAUGUAUCACAACAGACACCUGUUCAAAGGGAAGACAGUGCUUGACAUCGGCUGUGGGACCGUACUCUGUAUGUUUGCUGCCAAAGCCGGCGCUGCUAAAGUCAUAGGGAUUGAAUGCUCAAGUAUAGUUGACCAUGCAGAGAAAAUCAUCAAAGCAAAUAAGUUGGAUCAUGUGAUUGAGAUUGUGAGGGGUAAAGUUGAAGAGGUCACUCUACCGGUAGAGAAGGUUGAUAUCAUCAUCAGCGAGUGGAUGGGCUACUGUCUCUUCUACGAAUCCAUGCUCAACACCGUUCUCUUUGCAAGAGAUAAAUGGCUCAGUAAAGAUGACGGCCUGAUCUUCCCAGACAGAGCUACGUUACAUGUCACGGCUAUCGAGGACAGGCAGUAUAAAGAUGAGAAAAUCAAUUGGUGGGACAAUGUAUACGGAUUUGAUAUGAGCUGUAUCCGGGAUAUCGCCAUCUCAGAACCUCUGGUAGACGUUGUCGAUCCCAAACAACUGGUCACCAACUCGUUUCUUAUCAAGGAGAUCAGUAUGUAUACAGUGAAGGUGGAGGAUCUGACGUUCCAGGCUCCGUUCCAGCUCAUCGUUCACAGAAAUGAUUACAUCCAGGCGUUAGUGACGUACUUCAAUAUAGACUUUACUAUGUGUCACAAGAGGACUGGCUUCUCAACAUCACCCGACUCCCACUACACACAUUGGAAACAGACCGUGUUCUACCUGGAUGACUACAUCACUGCUAAGAGAGGUGAAGAGCUCUACGGAACGUUCUCCAUGAAACCCAACGCAAAGAACAAUCGAGACUUGGACUUUGAGAUUGGAGUGGAGUUUUCCGGGGAGCUAUCAAACUUCAAAUCAAAUUUCACGUAUCACAUGCGAUAGAUGACGCCCCUCAUGAACCCAUAGGGAUACAGGUCAAUCUGCUUUUGCUCAUCAAAUUGGGAGCAUUCAUCCAAAUUGGCAACAUUCACAUUUGCAACACUCAGUUGCUCAUCUAUUUUCACAAUUCAAAAAUAUUAAUAUGGGUAUGACAUCAGUUGAAAUCAACCUCAAUAGCAUAUUAUUAUACAAAGCAGUUGUCAAUUUGCAUUUUUAAACAGUGUUUUGCUGUUUUAAUCGCAUUGCCAAUUUAGUGUGUAAUGAUUACCGAAGUCAAACAGCUUUUAUUCUGGAACAGCACAACAUAUAAAGGGGGUUCCACAUGAGAUCACAAGCAGCCAUGUUGAAGGACAUAACAAUAACCUUUGCAUUUGACCAUAAAAAAGAAAAAAAAACAAUAAUUGACCGUGGUUUGAUGCACAGGUUUUUAUUGUUUAUCCUCCAUAGGGAUCCACAUUGCACUGCAAGUGGUGUAAAAAUAUUCAGUUCAUUCUAUGAAUUCCUAUAUCCUCCAUAAAUUAAAUCUUAGUAUACUGAUUGGUUCAAACAGCUUCAUGUGGCCAAACAUAUUCCAGCUAUGCUGUUGAAGUAAAAAUGCCCACUAAAGAAAGUUUGCUAUUCCGUGAUAUCAAUGAUGGAAUAGUGCACUAGUCCAUCUUUGAUGUCGAUCACAGAUAUUGCAAUAUCUUGGACACACCGGUCAGCGAGGUGAUCUCUCCCGGGCAAGUCCCAUGAAAUCCGUGUCUCGCUGGGCGCGUGGCUUCAAGAAAAUUAGGUCAGUCAACGCAGCUCGUUAUCUAUGUUUUGGUUCAGAUUUUUCAAAAGGAUGAACUAUGAGUACAACAACUAGAUUAUCAAGAUCUAUUGCUCUAGCUCAUUGAAAGUAGGUUAUAAAACAAAUAUACCAGGCCUUUAUUUCGAAAGUAUAGAGGGAAUUAUUCAUCCCCGGUUGUACUGGCAAUGUUGCUCAUGUAUUUUCCCCGCGGGUGAUAUAGUAUUGACAGUACAACUUCGGACAAAUAAUUCCGGCAAUACUACCGGUAACUCAAAGCCUGGUAUAUUUGUAUGAUUUUCAAUAGGGUGAUGCCAUUCCUAGCAUUCACGUCAAAGGGGAAUUUCGAAAGUGCCUCCCUACGGAAGCACCACCAGUAUACAAAUGAUGCACAGAUGUGAGUGCAUCUGUAGUAGGUUUGUGAGCAUUAGGUAACUAUGGGACUGUUAAACCCACGAGGUGCAGCUGAGUGAGUUCAGACUAGCUUCCAUAGUUACUGCAUGCUCAGUAGUCCCACUGAUGCACGAACAUACCUGUGUAUCAUUUGUUUUAUAGAAUAGUGGCUUUUUUGGCUAAAAAUCUAGUUUUUUUACAACCAUGGAUAAGUCAUUACUGACGCAUGGCAAGCCAUGCACCCGGUAAAUUUUCCAUGCAGUAGUAACUACAGUUUGCAUGGCAGAGUAACCGCAUGCAUGGCUGGCCAUGCGUUGGUAAUUACUUAUGAAUGAUACUCAUUCUACAAUAUGGGUCAACUCGAGAUUCCAUGCCUCUGUUGAUAUCUGGAGCCAAUUUUUUCUCCGUUAUGAGAGAAGACCACCUUGAAAUAAAGCUUAUGUUUGAUAUAUCUUUAAUAGGAGUAGAAAAUAAAUAUCAGUGAAAAUUAAAUUUGUGAGCUGAUUCAUAUUACAAUUUAUUAAGUAAGAAAUUUUAAAGUGGCAAUUGAGCACACAUGAAUUAGUAACAUAGGCAUAUUGUCCGUGUGCUAUUAAAACCAUGUAUCUCAGAAUAUUCAACAUUAUGAGGACAGCGCAGAGAGAGUCGUAUCUCUUUAAGUAUUAUAGCAAUGCUGGCAACCUUAUGUUGUCUUAACAUAGUUUCCUUAUUUUCGUGUCAAAGAAUGGUUACCAUUUUGUCAUAUCUCUAGAAAUAGAGCUUACUGGUACUUUGGGCUGACAUCAAAUAUUUUUGCUAACUUCAUUGUUCAGUUCCACUCAAUGCUCCGCAGUAUCUAUCAAUAAAAAAAUUCAGAGUAGACUUCACUGUAACCAGGGUCCGUAACACAAAUGUUAGCGAUUAAUUGUAUGCUUGAUUUUCAUGAUUGAUUGUACAUUGUAGUCAAUGCAAUCAAUCACAGAAAAUUGUUCUACGAUCAUUGCUAAGCUUUGUGUUACGGGUCCAAGGAGGUCUUUACUCAUUUCACAAAAUAACUUUUGUGAUCUUUGUGAGGCUUGCAUGAGAAAUUUCAUUCUUUUAUGGCAUAAAUUUGAUUUGAUGGCCUGUCCCUUUAUGAACAUGUUUGUAAAUCUGUCAUCAUUUUUUAAUCAUGGUGAGCUGAAAAAUGUCUUUUUACUGAUUUUUGUACUUUUUAUUAUGUUUUAUCGAAGAAAUUUGAAAUUUUGGUGGAAUUCUGACUAUUAUGGUAGGUUUUGUGCAUCUCUUCAGGGUAAAUAUUAAAUUGUCCGUAUUUAAAUACAGGUUCAUAUGAAGACAUCGAAAUGCACAGAAUGUGAUUUAUGUAUGCAUCAGGCAGAAUAAUUAACAAGAUAGGAAAUUAUUUCAUUUUUUCCAUCAAAAUGUUAUGUAUGUAUAUUAAGAUAAAUAGGUGUGACCACCAUUUUCUGCAUUCUUCAAGAAUAACUCUUAUAGUUCUACUUGACACCUAACCUAAAUCCUCUUUUUUAAAAAUAUUUUUUAUUGCUGAAAUUGGGGGAUACGUGGGCAAUGUCAGUUUCUCUUGUCAGCCUAAUGGCGGGUUUUGAGGGAAGGGGGUAAAUAUCACUAAACGGUUGUUUCAGUGCCCUGUCUUACAAAGAGUCAUGAUUGAUCCAGUCAAUCGUAACUCUAUGGCAAUCCACCUGGGUCAUAAUUUUUUCCACAGGAAAUUUGCAAAAUGUCUGUUGUAACCAAAGAGUAACACAGUGAAUUUUCAAGAAAACGAUGAAUGCAUGAAUAUACGUCAUAGCUAGAAAAUAUUUUGAACAAUUAUGAAUAAUAGAUGUUGACGUGGCUGGCCGUCCAUAGUUGCGAUUGUUCGGAUCAAUCACAACUUUUUGUGAGACGGGGCCCAGCUCUCAUUACACCUUAUUGAUUGACACCAUUCAUAUUUCAUCGAUUUGUUAACAAAUUGCACAAAAAAAGAAGCUCUUUCAAUCAGCCCCAUUUGAUGAAAGCUUAAAUUGUAGUGCAAGGAAUAAUAAUGAGUAGAAUCAUACUUCACUGUGGCAAGCCUCUUUCCUAACGGUUUGUUCUAAACAUCAAUUUCUCAAAAAAUUUUGGAGUCGUGUUCACAUGACCCAAGAUGCAAUGUUCCUAUGGCAUCCUAUUAUGAGUAAAUAUUUUUGUCCAUUUUCUUCAUAAUAAUCUGUCUAUAAUAUCUAUAUCUGUCUAUGGUUGAUAACACCCUGAAAAUGGCUGAUGUGCGAUGUUCCAUACCACACACGUGGCUUGUCAUAAUUAAGUGUAAAUUUGUUCCUUUUAACCCCUUCCCUCUUGUCCGCCUAUAUUUUACAUGUCUGCAGUGCGAUAUAUUAACAUGCAUUUUAAUGGACCACUUUAUACAUGAAGGCCUCUUCUGUAAUCUUAACAUGCAAGUAUCUCUGAUUUAAUAAGAAUCAUUCACUUGGGUGAUAUGUGAGCGAACUUCUGGCAAGCAUUAGGGUUGUGAUUUGAAUUCGAUGUAGUAGAAGCUUGCCAGGGCUGUUAUCAAAUGUGGAGUGUUUCAUGAAGCAAAUUGUCUGUGAUUUUCUUUGACUCAUUUGCUCUUAGCCAAUCAGGGGCAAGCAUUUCAGUAGCUUAUAACUUGAAAUAAUGACUAUUUGUUUCAUGAAAUACUCCCCUCAUAAUGUAGGGGGAAAGAGCUUUUGUAUAUUAUGUGAAGCAGUUGACAAUCUGCGAAACUGUAACUCGCUGUUUGCUGCCCUCUAUUGGCUUCUUAUGGUGUAAUUAAGUAUGUAGCAGCACAACGGCAAGAUUUCUUUGUAAAGUUGCAUUACUGUAUAGAUGGUAUUUAAAGUCAUUUGUACGUUA